CAGACCAAUAUGGCGGACUCGGAAGGAAGGAAGUGAAUACGAGGGAAUAGAUUAUCGACUUUUUCCCCGUUGUGUCAACUACAUGAGUUCAAGUAUUUCCUCAAAAUUUGCUACUUACCAAUUAUCUACAAUGACGUGAAGUGGUGCAGCCGACAUGCAAGGAGAAGGGGGCUAGGGAGUCGUGAACAACCGGAGAGAGAUGGGAGCCCAACAAGGAAAAGAAGGAAAUCCAAAAGCGACCAAAUCCAAGACAAAGAAGGACCCACCCCCGGCCAAGAUUCCUCAAGGGAACUUUUUCCCUUCUGACCAGCCUGAUACACCGACCUUGACAACCCGCCCUCUACCUCCGUCCCCGCUCGGUGACUUCCUGAAUACAAAAUGGAUGUCAAAGGAGAAUCUACUAGCCCAGAACGAAGAUGAUCCGAAUUUAUUUGUGGCGCUGUACGACUUCCAAUCAGGGGGAGAUAACCAGCUCAGUAUUAUCAAAGGGGAACAAAUCACAAUCCUGGGCUAUAACAAGGGCGGAGAAUGGUGCGAGGUCAAGAACAAAGCCGGGGAGAUAGGCUGGGUGCCUAGCAACUACAUCGCCCCCGUCAACAGCCUGGACAAAUUCUCCUGGUACCACGGACAAAUCUCCAGAAACGCAUCGGAAUAUCUCCUCAGUAGUGGAAUAAAUGGCAGUUUCCUUGUCAGAGAAAGUGAAAGUAGUCCAGGUCAAAGGUCAAUUUCUGUACGAUUUGAGGGACGUGUAUACCAUUACAGAAUUAGUGAUGAUUCAGAUGGAAAGGUGUAUGUUACAGCAGAACACAGAUUUAAUACAUUAGCAGAGCUAGUACACCACCAUUCGAUCCACUCCGAUGGUUUAGUCACCACUCUGCUGUACCCUGCACCAAAGCGACAGAAGCCCACAGUGUUUGGUCUCAGUCCGGAGCCAGAUAGGUGGGAGAUCGAGAGGACAGAGAUAGCCAUGAAACACAGGCUAGGUGGGGGCCAGUAUGGAGAUGUGUAUGAGGCGAUUUGGAAGCGAUACAACAAAACGGUGGCUGUCAAAACUCUGAAGGAAGAUACGAUGGCUCUGAAAGAUUUCCUGGAGGAAGCAUGUAUAAUGAAAGAGAUGAAGCACCCCAAUCUAGUGCAAUUACUCGGUGUCUGUACACGGGAACCCCCUUUCUACAUUGUGACAGAAUUCAUGGCCCAGGGAAAUCUUUUAGAUUACCUGCGGAGCACCACAAAGGAUGACAUAGGCCCCACAGUGUUGAUGUACAUGGCUACACAGAUAGCCUCAGCAAUGGCAUAUCUCGAGGCCAGAAACUUUAUCCACAGGGAUUUGGCUGCCAGGAAUUGUCUGGUGGGUCCUGAUCACCUGGUUAAGGUGGCUGACUUUGGUUUGGCUCGACUCAUGAAGGACGAUACCUACACUGCUCAUGCAGGGGCAAAGUUUCCCAUCAAAUGGACUGCCCCAGAGGGCCUAGCCUUCAACAGAUUCUCUACCAAGUCGGAUGUUUGGGCCUUUGGGGUGCUGCUGUGGGAGCUGGCUACCUAUGGGAUGUCCCCGUACCCCGGGGUAGAGCUGACGGAGGUGUAUCAUCUCCUGGAGAGACAGUACAGAAUGGACCGACCCGCGGGGUGUCCUGCCAACGUGUACGAACUCAUGAUGAAGUGCUGGCAAUGGGACCCAAAAGAUCGACCAACUUUUCUAGAGAUCCACAAUUCACUUGAACACAUGUUUGAUAAAUCAAGUUUAAAUGAAGAAAUUGAGAAAGAGUUGGAGAAAACAGACACAAAAAAGAUUCCAAUCCUUCAGUCGUCCAAGAAAAGAAAUAUGUCAGAGGCUGAUCACAUGGCAGAAGGAGGUCAAAUGAGUGCAAGUUCCACACCCCUUACAGGGAGGAAAGUCUUGCCCUCCAGGAAUUCUGACGAGUCUUUGAGACAAGUAUCUGCUGUCUUGUCCAACAAGGCCAAGAAGAAAGGUGGGGCAGCACCACCACCUCCACGGAGAACCACCUCAUGUAAAGAACAGGAAAAUCCUAACAUGGAGAGUGAGUUAAAAGCCAAGAUGAAGCUUCAAAAAGCCAAGAUAGAGAGUUCUAGUAAAGUGGAGUUCUAUGGAGAUAAUGACGUGGACCAAUCAGUAGCUAGUGAUUUUGGACCAACAAUAUCUUUACAACCUUCAAAACGAUUGGAGCUAGGAUCACCAAAAACGUUUCAAAGAAUGGAUUCUAAAGAAGGAGUGAGAACUUCAGAGGAUGGAAGCAUAGGCCAAAAUAGCUCAGACAGUGUUAAAAGAGCUCCUAUUGAUAAAUCAAAAUACAUGAUUAAUGUUGACAGUGCCACAAAAUCCCCUUCCUUUGAACAGGGGGAUAAAAACACCACACGGAAAUUCUCUAUACCGUAUCACAGAGAACUAAGACUAGCAUCAGAUGUUGAAAACAGACAAAAAUCUGACAAGGAGACAAACACUAACUUUAUGGAGGAAAACAAAGAUUUUGGACAUGUUCAAGUGAAAGGAAGGUCUUAUCCCAAGAAAGCACUCCCUCUACCUUCUCAUGCUCUCAGGAAAAAGUCUGUGGGUGAGCCAUUCAGAAGGGGAGAGGCUGGGAAGAGCAAUACAAUGGUGGCCAGGAGUCUCGAUGCUGAGUCGGACCAGGUCACCAUUGGACGUUUAGAUGUGAAUAAUGUUACUAAAGCUAUUAGUCGUUAUGGCACCAUUCCCAAAGGUCGCAGGAUUGAGGCAUAUCUAGCCUCCAUGGAGAGUGGUGUAGAUCAGCAACGCGUGGAUAACCUUCCUACGGUGGAAGAUCAUGAUUCUGGCACGGACACGGCAAGCAUCGCUUCCUGUCCUGUGUUGUUACCGGAGAACGAGAACGGACUAGGGGAUCAGUGGAGACAAAACCAGAAUGUGGCUCCUCCCGAUUCUAUUGAGGGAAUAAAACCGGAACCCAACGUAAAACCAUCCGCCGUUGUCAAGUCACAGUCUCACAAUGUGAUAGCUGAGAAUCAAAAUUCUCAUUUUAAUUCCUUACUUCAGAGACAGAAAUCGGACUUGACUCACACUGGUGGUGCUUUAGACUCUUUUUCUCGGCAAUAUCCCGAUCUGGCUCAAAAACCAAAACCUAGUCCUCGAUUAUCCCGAAUGUUCACUGAGCCGGCAGAUCAAGACAGUCUCCAUGAUAAGAGUGUGGACCAAAUCCCCCCUUCCUCUAUGUCCCAGAGUUUGUAUAAAUCUCUUCCUAGUUACUCUGUAGAUAAAGGGGCAGAAAAUUCGUUCUCCCCGAAACUUCCUUCAGAAGUUAAAAAACAGUCUGACUUUAUUUCCCCAGUCAUGAGACCACAUCUCGCUCAAAAAAUGAGGUCAUCUUCUAUUGGUGAGUAUCCCUACACAGAGGAGAGCACGGAGAAGGACGACAAGCAGAGCGCGUCGGUUUUAUCAAAAGUAGCAAUGUUUCAGUCUGCUGGCCCAGACUUUGGACAGAUAAAGCCAUUCUCCAGAGGAGAGCAGGAUAGGAAUUCAAUGAGGGAGGGAAAAGCAAGCAACAUUGAAGACAUUAUUUCAAAUAAACCUGUAUUACCAAAACCACUUCCACAUAGCAUUGGCAUGCAGCAGUCAUUUAUGUCAAAAUCUGUGUUUGAUUCCUUAGAGCCUGUGCAAGAGACCUACCAUCACACCGGAGGAAAUUCGGAUUCCGAUAGUCCUUGUGUUUCUCGUGACAGUAUUUUAAACAUGUCUGAUGAUGUGUUAACUUCUCUUCAGAAUUUAACAAGUACGGGAAAUAAAAACAGCGCAAAUUUUAUGAUUCUGUAUGAAAAAGUCCUACAGUUUCAUGACCUCUGUUCUCAAUUCUUUGAUUCCAUGCCACCACAUGCAAAGUUCCAUGCCAAGGAGUUAUUAUCGCGCCUUCUAUCUCAAAGUGAAAACGUCAAAACAAUCUGUAGUUCCAAUCCAGCAUUCGGAAUGAAAAUCAUUAAUGAUGUACAUGUUGCUAUCAAGGAAAUUGUGGAUCUGAUACGAAAGUGAUGCAUUGUGCUUGCAUAUUGAAAUUCGCGAGGUUGUAUCUUUGGGGCAUAUGUAUUUCUUUUUAUAUGUAUUAUAGGUAUUUUUACGUGAAAAAAAGCUUAUCAAUUUCUAAAGUGCUGGUAUUGCUAUUCUGUACAAAUAUUACAAGCUGUUUUAAUUAUUUUUAUUUCAAAUGGCAUUAUUUUUCACAGCAUUGCCAAUAGAUUUUUACACAUGAUGGUUGUUAGCCGCUUUCAGUGACCCCUUGUGGUUGUUGUAAGAGUUAUGCCCCUUCUCAGAAAAUAUAAAAAAUUGUUCCUGACUGACUGAUCUUCAGAAUCUUCCGUAUAUAACCAAGGUGUCAUAUAUUUUGUGUGAAUUUCAUUUAUUGUCAUCUGUAUAGAGUUUUCAUCAGUCAGUUUUUGUUUCCAUUCUGUAGAUAGGUUACUAGUGUAUACAGUUGUAAACUACAGAUUCAUGCUACCUUGAGGGUCCAUGAAAUUCUUCUGUUGCGAAAACAAGACAUCCUCUUUAAUGCAAUAUUAUCAGUCAUUUCAUCUUACUGUAUACAGGACUGCACAAAAAUUGAUUUGCACAUUUUCAAAGUUAUACUGGUAUUAAAUCACAUGAGUACCUCUUUCAAACAGAAAUCCCUUAUUUAUAUUCACUUAGUAUGUUACUGGUAAUAUCUUUGGGGGUAGAAGCAUGCUAAGUAAUUAACUAUACCUCUUAAGAAAGAUUAAUUGAAGUUUAUUGAAAGGCAUUAAAAUGUUUGUCUAUAUAUAUUAUAGCAAGUUUUUGCAUUUUACAAAUGGACUGCAUAUUUUAAGAAAUUUUUGUUCUGUUCUAUCAAGACAUGUAAUUUACAAAGUCUGUUCAAAUCUGGACUCUGAACUGCAGUUUUGAGUACUUACUAAGGUGAAUUCCACAUUUCUAGAUCUGUUUUUUUAAAGCAAGAUUCCUUUAAGAAUGUGUAGGAAAAAAAUCAAUACUGGACCAGUGUAAGAUAACUACUAUUGUUGGUGAGGAUAAGCUCUAUAUUAGGAGUGAAUCUUUUAGAACAAAGAGAGAAUGCGGGAAGUAUUAAGUUAUUGAGAACAAUCUGUUGUAAUUCUGUGAAUGAUUGUGGACUUUUUUGUUUUUCAUCAGGUCCAGGAAGCAAGCUUUAUUUAAAUUUCUUUAAAUACUCAAGGUUACUGUAAUUGUAAAUGAAACUUUUCAAUGAAAAUACAUUUUUAUAAGUGAU